AAGAAAUCUAAUGAUAAAUGCUGUCGGCCCCGUAGUAGAAUUUCUCUUUACGUCGUAACUAAACAAGAUAAGACAUGCCUUUAGCAAAAGAUUUGCUUCAUCCAAGUCCUGAAGAGGAGAGGAGAAAAUGCAAGUUGAAAAGACUUGUGCAACAUCCAAAUUCAUUUUUCAUGGAUGUCAAAUGCCCAGGAUGCUACAAGAUUACAACUGUCUUUAGCCAUGCCCAAACAGUUGUUCUCUGCGUGGGUUGUUCAACUGUACUGUGUCAGCCAACGGGCGGUAGGGCCAAAUUAACAGAAGGUUGUUCGUUCAGAAAGAAGCAACACUAAAGUUUGAGGAGGAGAGCUUAACAUAAACUUAGUGAAAAAAAAUGGUAUCAUGUACAGCUUCUUCUAAAUAAAAUAAAGUUUGUUGGGAACAACUCAUGAUUGGGUGUUU